UGCCCUGCUCAGCAUCAGACGCCACACACCACUAUGGCGGCUGCUAUUUGUUGUUUUUAUCAUUAGGGAAUUUUUAUGACCGUUACGAGAAGCUUUGGCGUGUGUGCGUGUGUGUCCGGCCCAGGAGACGUGAGCGAGCAGGCUACCAGGAAGUGAUGAUUUGGUGGAGGUUUUGACAGUGAUGUAAGGUUUUGAGACAGCUGCAGCAAGAUGCCAACGCCAGGAAGAGGUCCCGGUCGGCCCCCGAAGAACCCCCGAACAUGUACCUGGUGCUCGGAGGUCAAAUCACAGCUGAAGUAUGUGUUCCCAACCAGCUCUGGCAAACGGGAAUUCUGCUCAGAAAUGUGCCUCUCAGAGUACAGGAAAGCUCUCAUGAAGCAAGGGACUUGUGCCAACUGUGACAAUGUGAUCCGCACGACACCUGUCAAGUGUGAAUCGACAAGCGGCAGGAGGAGGGAACUGUGCAGCAAUGAGUGCCUUAAGGCAUGGGCCAAGAAAGAGAAGGAGCAGGCCGAGGUGGAAGAAGAGGUGGGCGUGGCCUCCUCUGUGUCCUCCAUGGCCACCACUCCACCUUCUAGCAUGUCUCCCUCCUCAGGCAACGGAGUGUCCCCAACGGAGAAGGCCCUGGCUGAGGUGGCCCCGGGUAGGAAAGGGCGUGGGCUGAGUGCAGCAGCCUUGGCACAGAUAGAGGCAGCUGCUGAGUUCAAGUGGGAAGACUACCUGCUGGAGACCAACUCUGUACCCUCACCCGCCAAGUGCUUCAAACAGCACAAAAUCCCUCCCAAGAAUGAGUUUAAGAUCGGCAUGAAACUGGAGGCACUGGACCCUCGGAACUUGACAUCCACCUGCAUUGCCACAGUGGUGGGAACCCUUGGGCCACGCCUCCGCCUCCGCCUGGAUGGCUCAGACAACAAGAAUGACUUCUGGCGACUGGUGGACUGCAACAACGAGAUCCACCCUGUGGGUCACUGUGAGGAGCAUGGUGGCAUGUUGCAGCCUCCUUUAGGGUUCAGGAUGAAUGCCUCUUCAUGGCCUAUGUUCCUUCUCAAGACCCUGCACAAUGCUGAGGUCUCCCCACCACACAUCUUCCGCUCUGAACCUCCCACACCAUCCAAAAAUUACUUUGAGGUGGGCAUGAAGCUUGAGGCUGUAGACAAAAAGAAUCCACAGCUGAUCUGUGCAGCAACUGUUGGAGCUGUUAAUGGAGACAUGAUCCACGUGACCUUUGAUGGAUGGAGAGGAGCUUUUGACUACUGGUGUCGCUAUGACUCAAGGGACAUCUUCCCUGUGGGCUGGUGUGCCAUGUCUGGACAUCCAUUGCAGCCCCCUGGACAGAUGUGGGGGCCUCCCAGCAGCCGCUACAAGGCUCGGGUGCUGAACAUCCCACCUCCACUGGCCGGUGCAUCAGCCAAGUCUCCAGAGAUAGUGCCAGAGAAAAGUCCUCUCUCCUCUCCCACCUCCCCCACCAAGCCUGCCUCACGGGGCAGGCAGCGAUCCCCCUCUCCACCGCCAAGCAGUCCUGACCCACCCCACCAGGCCUCACCCACUGCUAAGUCCACACAGAAUUCGUCCACUGGCAAGACGCCGCCACAGCCUGCUGCUGCCACCAAGCCAUCACCUCAGCAAAAACCAACCUCAGCCUUGUCUAAACAGUUGUUACACACCAAACCACUAUUAUCAUCUUCAUCCUCCUCAUCGUCGUCAUCCACAUCAUCAUCAUCAUCCUCAUGUACAUCGAGCCCAUCGUCAUCCCUGUCAACCAUAAAGCCUUCAUCUUCAAGUAAGUCAUCUGCAUCCAAGUCAUUAUCAUCAUCAUCAGUGACUUCACCAGAUGUCCCUCCUUCAUCCUCACCCUCAUCCUCCAAGCCCCCUGCAGGAUCAGUGGGUUCCGAAGGCAGCACCUCCACCACUCCUGCUGCCUCCACCACCGCCACCACUACCACCACCACUGCACCGUCAGACACACCCACCUCCAUCACCACCACUGCUGCGCCCACCAUCAGUUCGUCAAGUAGCUCUCCCUCGCGCCCACCAACCCCAAGGACUCCAGAAUCUCCCCUCAUCUCCACCUCCCAGAAGAUACUGCCCUGCUCCCCAAGUCCAGGAGGAGGAACAGACCCCACCAAGCCUCCUCCACCUCAGAAGUCACCCAGCAUCACAGUCACAGAACCAGAUACCUCAACAGUUCAUAAACUAAGUGCCUCAGUGGUGGUGUAUGUCAACCAUGGCUGCACCUGUGGCCCUUACCUGGACAACAGCCGGGUGGGAGAGCUGCCACUACAGUUUGGGCCAGGUAGCCUCAACCGAGUGGUGCGGGAAUCCAUCCAGGCGCUGGUGGACGCUGCCCCUGACCCCAGGACUGUUACAUCCCUUCUACCUCAGGGCACCGGGAAAGUCAUCAUAAAAUCAAGUGUUGAAGGGACUCCUGAGACACACAGACUCCCUUCCCUGGAGAAGGUGGAAGACUUCUGGAGUGCCCUGGAGACCUUGUUUGAAGACCUGAUGUGUUGUGAAAACUUCUACACUCAACAUCCCAUCAGUCAGUGUACCAAAUGUGCCCGCCAGAGCCCUGCACAGUUCAAGAGGGAACAAGAGGCAGCCCAGCAGGUGACAACAGGUGUCAAGCGGCCAGCUCCAUCGCCACCCAGUGAUGCCACCCCUACCAAAGUGUCCAAGCCCACUUUGCAAGAGCCUUCCCCCUCUUCAGUGAGUGAUCCUGGCCACAGCCCUCGGCCCCGUGGGGAUCCAGCUGAGUGGACAGUGGAGGAGGUCAUUUCACACAUUGCUGCCACAGACCCAGCUUUAGCCAGCCAUGCUGACCUUUUCAGGAGACAUGAGAUUGAUGGGAAAGCACUGCUGCUACUGAACAGUGACAUGAUGAUGAAGUACAUGGGUCUAAAGUUGGGGCCUGCUCUCAAAAUCUGCAACCUCAUUAACAAGAUUCGUGGCCGCAAGCACCUGGUUUCUUAGACCCAGUCAUUGUUUUCACCUGCCAUCAUUAUCAGGAUGAUGUGUCAUUGGGACCAUGUAAGGAGCCCUUUUCCUCACAAAGAUUGAAUGGGAGAAGCACUGCACUCUUGCCUUACCACUGGGAUCUUGAAGCACAAUCAAAUAUAUGUUCAUGGAACACAGGAAGCCUUUCUUCUUUGCUGUAAAACUAGAAAAUAUUGACACUUGGCCCAACAUCUGAACUGCUGGUGAGAGGGAGGACACUAGUGUGUUGUAUUGUUGUGGAUUAGGAAUGUCUGGUGGUUUGAGCUAUAACCUUCAUGAAAAUAUUAGUGUAAAUUGCAUCAACAUGCACCUUUUUUUAUAUAUAUUUUUAUUAUUAAGAAUUCUAAAGAAUGCAGUAAUGACGAGACAUUUCCAAGUAACUGGAACUCAUAAUUGUCGAACUCUUAAGCAACUGGUGACAUAAUAGUGCAUGUGUCACUAGACUGACAGAGAGCACAUGCAUCACAAGAAUUGCUGCCGUAAAUCAAAUAGUAGCUUCCAGGAAUUGUGUUGAACAUGAACACUCAUUAGUCUUUUUCUUGUCAGUGUUUCCUUCUCCAGUACACAGCAAAGCCAGGGGGAAUAUCAACAAAGAUUCUUUGUCUUCAUCUCAGCCUUCUGCUUAGACUUGUGCUUAUCUCCUAAGUGUGCCUAAAGUUGUGCUGAACCUUGGUUGAGACAAACUCUUAAGCCUCAGUUAUGAAAUGGUGAAAGAGCAAAACUGUAAAAUCUUAUAUUUCUUAAUUUCAAGUUAACAGUACAAUCUUUUUACAUUUUUUUUAUUAAAUAACAAAAAUGAUUUAUCAUUGAUUUUGUAAGGAUGUGAGCCCAUAAAUUUGUGGUUUUCAAUAAGUAAAUUAGAUCCUGCGCAAGGUGCAUGUAUUUUGUUUCAUUGUUUACAUUGAGCCAGCAUUGCUCCGCCACUCCCAGUCAACAGUGCCUCCUUUCCUGUCUUUUUUCUUUAGUAUGGAGGAGAAGAUGACCACUAAGGCCGAAAAGGUCAAUAGAGGAAACACAGCUGAACCAGUUGUAAGACUUUCCUUCCUCUUCCAGUUAGUAUUAUGAGGAAAGAUAUAGCCUGAAGGGCUUCACUCAUUCAGCAGCACAAAAAAGCUGCAUGGGCCUCUAUUACUAAGAAAGUAAAUGAGACAUGCCAACAGCAAGAUACAAGAAGACCUAAGGUCAUCAUUGUUGCAGAGCUGCAUUUCCCAUUGGCUAAUUAACACUAAUUAUUAUUUUGAUUAUUAGUGUCAGUGCAUCACUCCUUCCUAUGAGGCUCUCCGAGGCAUCUCCCACCAAAUCUGUCACAAAUAACACUCCUGCAGAUCUAGUCUAUACAUGUCCAAUAGUUCACUGUCAUUCAAGUCAUCAAGAACAUCCUUAAGGAGUUGAUGAUUCUUGAAAAGGCGAGCUUGGGCUUGACAGUUGACCAUCUUUGGUUAACUUAGUUGUAGCCUAACUCUUAAAAUUAAGCUACCUCCGAACCUGUCUUAAAUUUUCAGCGCCUUAAGACCUAGACUCAGCACGACUCAGGAAAUUAAGCCCAACUGUGAGCAUAAAAGUGAGCCAAAUAUCUGUAGUUAAGAAUCUUUGUUAAUACAGCCCCAGUAACUUUGGUGGAGGGUUUCCAGCUUUGUCCCAAUGCUUGGGUAGACAAAAACAAAUGCCAGUGGUUUUGAAGCCCCAUUACCACAGACCAUUGCAAAAGGCUGAUAGGAAUUGCUGUAAAAAGUGAGUCAGAGUGAUAUUGAUACAAGCACCAAUUAAUGUUUGAUGUGGGUGGAGCUGUGUGCAUGCCAGCCCUAACCACAGCCAUAACCUGUAAAAUAGACAUAUUUUGGCUUGGCACUGGCCAGCCAUGGAUUUGAGAAAUUGUUCUUCUGUCUUUCCUCACAGCUCACCUCUGUACAACAUCUGAUUCUGGCAAUAACAACUUUAUAAGACAGAACAAUGAGCACUUUUGGUUUUAUUUUAUUAUUCAACUUUAAAUAUUUAAGAUAUUAUGACUGUGGAAAGAAGAGCAGUUUUUCUGUAAAACCCUUGUAAUGAGAGAAUGAUCCUUGCCAACACACAUCAUAUAGGGGUUAAAAAUAAUUUGGUAUUAUUGUCUUGAAAUAACAGUCAUUACUGAAAUUUGAUCAGGAUAGCCUCUGAGAUAUCACUCCAGCUUACUCUGUUCCAUACACACUCUUCACCUUCCUAUUUAUUUACCAGGCAUAUCUCCCCAUUAAAGAGAACUUGCCAGGACAAGAUAUCAUGUCUGGUCUCAUUGUAGGAAUGAAAAUUCUGAGAUGAUCCUCCAGUCCCUGACUCUGCCCCUUUUAAUUGCCUUUUUAAGAUACAGGGACAAAGACAGAUGCUUCUAAGUGAUAAAUGGAUAGAUGUUUCUACAUUUAUGAGAAGGGCUUUCCAAGAUAGAGGGUACCAAUUAAUGCCAAUUACUUUUUAUGAAGGAACAGUCCCUAAUUGCAUAUCUAUAAACAGCAUAUACUGAAAUGUAAAAAAAUUAAAGCAUCUAUAAUGUAUUACUUGUUUAACAUCAUAUUAAAAUUUUUACUACUCUUGUUCCUAAUAUACUUUUUUGCGUAAAUGACUUCAUAAACAUAAACAACUUCAUAAACAUAACUGUUUCCCAACUAGGCAAAUUUACAUCUGCUGCAGAAACCUGUGGGUCUCUUCAUUGUAGUGGUGAAGCAGCACACCCAUGCGUCUGACAAAGAGCCUCAAGUGCGGCUCAUUCUAGUGGCCUUCAUUUUUCAUGUAGUUAUACUUAGAUUUUGGGCUGCAACUGUCACUUAUUUUGUUAUUGAAUAAACUAUCAAAGUAGUUUUUCAGAAUAAUAAUAAUCUAUCUAUACACCAGACUGACAUUCCCUUCAACAAGUUAUAGUCAAACCAUUGGAAUGCUUAUGCAUUACUAUUCAAAUGGAUUGCCUGAGGCAAGGCUUCUUGAUCCAUGUUUCAUCUGGCAGCUAUUGACUUGAUCCACUAAAACUCCUUUCCUCAGGUAUAUAUAUAAAUUUUUAAGGGUAAAAGUUUAUCAAAAUUUUCAAAAUCUCUGAGCUAGUCUCCUCCAUGUAGGAUUUAGUUGAACAGAAUUCAUUAGAUGCAUACAAAUGGAAGCUACAAGAUAUGUUUAAUGACUAUUAUAUUAGCUUCUCAAUUACUCAUAUUCACAAUUCAGUUUCCACAGUACGCACUCUUGACUGCUAUGCCUUAUUCCAUAUCCAGGUCCUGUGUCCAAGACUUGGAGGCAGUAUAUCUACUCUGCAUAUCCUUUUUCAAUUAGCUUGUUCUCAGUGGGAGUUAUAAAUACCUGUUGGCUCCUGAAUUUGGAUUUCUCUUACUACCACAAGGCAGUGGUGACUCAACUAUCUUGAAGACCAGUUUGCAAAAAUGAUGUCAUUAAAUGCAACAAAAAUGUAAUAAAUAUUAAAAGCAAGUUUUGAAUUGAUAUUUGGGCAUAAUGAAGCCAUCUCCAUUGCAGUACAGAUGUUCCCUGACUUACAAACAAGUUAGGUUUCAGACAGCUUUUUGUAAAAUCAUUACUUUUAUUAGCUGUUAUCGUAUUUUUCAGCACUGAAGACACUAUUUUUUUCCCUAAAAUGAGUUGUGAAAAUCUGUCAUACAUCCUGGAGGCUGAAGGUUGCUUUUUUCAACAAACAAGUGGUAUUUCACAUGUGGUGGAUCAAUAUUGCCGGUAUUUCCACUCUCCUGAAACAUCUUGACCUUAAGAGAAUAUUAUUAAGUGACAAAAGAAGUAAAACUGUGGUGUGUUGAAAAGGUUUAACGGUAAAUCCUGUUAAUAAGAAGACUACUGUUAUUGCUUACUCACUACCUGUCACCAUCUUGAUUCACUGUUUGUAAUGGUUCCAAAAAUCCAAAGGUCAUUGUCGGUCUUUUGUUGCCCAGUGGCUGUCUUGAUAUGUGAUGUUGUUUAUUUAUGUUUUAGGAUUUUUAAAAAAAUUUUUGGUCUUCAAAAUUAAAGUGCGUCCUUAAGGAUGUAGCAUCUUUAGUGCUGGGAAAUGUGGUAUUGUAAAAUAUUUUGGAUGUAUAUGUCUAGGUAAUAUAAUGAAGUUAUUUUAAAACAAUACUGUACAGUACACACUGUACAAACUGAUAAAGAUAUUCAGUUCAUAAUAAUAAAACAAAAGGUAAAUUAAUAAAUUAUACAAAUACUGUACUACUGUACUGUAAGCGUGGGCUACUCUUACCAUUUUUUCAUCACAAUUAAGUUUCUUUAUUGUAGCCACCAUAGUUUCCAUUGAGAUGGCUUGAUGCUUCUUAGCACUGCCACUAUCAUCACUAGCCUUAUGCUCAUCACCAGCCAUGAUUAUUAAUCAGAGUUGGAAAAUGUGCAACAAAAUUUUGAGAACAACCAAGCAAGUGGUAGCAUGUUGGGAAUUGAAUGUAAAAAACAUGGUGCCUCUCUCCUUCGCUACACUGCUGCCUGGUGUGGGUUGCGGCCUAAAGUGGCACUAGGCGGGAGGUGCACAGCGAGUUUGAAUCAUCAGUGGAGUGACAAACAGAAUUUGGACUUGCAGGGAUUCUUGUUUGUAUCUUGGGACAUUCAUAACUCAGAUGUUUGUAAGUCAAGUAGCAUCUGCAUAAGAUAAAAUCAUCAAUGCUUUCUGCCAGAAAGCAACACCUAUAAUAAUGGGCCUGUGAUUUUAUCAUUUUUAGGUUAACUCAACCGACUUAAAAAUCAUGGAUCUCACAUCCAAUCUGUGAAGAUAUUAACUUAAGUAAGAACUUUCCAUUGUAUGCCAGACAUGCAAAACACUACAGUCCUGGUCUUGUUUGGAAAGGGAAAUGUAAGGCUGAACUGAAAAAUUAUUACAAAACUGGAACUAUCUGACAUUUACACCCCACUGAGAACAGACUGAUUUCUUGCACCCUCACUGCAGCUCACAGUGCUGUACUGGGGGACUGGUGAAACUGUCCACCUCUAGAGGUGCUGCUGUACUGAGCCCUGGAACAGAGAAAGUGUCUAGAUUUUUCAUUUUGUGUGUGUUGGUACUUUCAUGCAUUCUCAUGUGAAUGAAAGUCACAUUAAUUCAAGACGUAUUCUCAGCUCAAGAGUUCAGGGCUGUGGGAGACAUCCGGUGGCAAAUGAUUCUGCUAAGUCCCCUAUUUGCCUUCACUCUUACAGCUUUCUGUUUUUUAUAUAGGUGAAGAAGACAUGUAUAACUUUGCAGGGACAUGGCAGACUGUCAUCAUUGCUUUCUUCAGCCAGAUGUACACAUGCAAAAGAAGUUGAAGUUGGGAUAGUCAGAUUAAGGUUUUUGAAUAUUAUUAUUAGGGAAUGUCAUAAGAAAGUAUUUCUUUUAAUGACAAAUCUGAAAUAUUAUACCAGAAUAGUAUAGACAUGACCACAAGGAAGGCUGAUCUUUGUUAUUCUUCCUUACUCUGUGGUUGAUGUAAAACCUGCAUGAUAUACAGAAACAAAAUAUUGAGAAAACAGGGUUUGAAUUAUGCACAUGCUAAUAAUAUGCUUUAGCUUUGACAUUGUAUGUUGUUAAUUUUCAAUAAUGUGAAGAACCACCUAUUCAGAGAACCAUGUGUCAUACUUUUGUAAACUUAUAUUGGACACACUGUGUGUAUUCAGUUGUAGGGAAAGAGAACUGGUAGGUAAAGUGACUUGGCUGGGCAUCAUUUCAAGUGACUUGGGGAAAUGUUGGCACUCUCCUCUGACAUAUAUUCUCGGCCUCUUGGUAUACAUAAUUUGUGCAAAUUGUCAGUUUCUGAUAAAGGAAAUGAGUAUGGCUCAUUAUUACAGUUGCAAACUUUUUAUGAACAUACAAGAUAACUGGCAAUAUUAUUUGUAUUUUAUUAGAAUUAUUGAAAGCUAUGCAGGUGAAAACAUUUCCAUUACCUCAUAUUGUAAGUGAAUGGAUAUAUAUGAUAAGUUUCUGAAAUGCCUUUGGGCUGUCUCCAUGUAUGUGGCAGAUAGAGCAAACCUGUAAUUUUUUAAGAGCAACUCAUAAGUAGCAUCUGUAUGACAGCAGAAGAAAACUGCUGCAAAGGUCAGUAUGGCAGUGUGCCACAGAGGUGCCUGCUUGGCACAGGACUCACAGUACAAGAUAAUGCCGUGCCACAGAGCACACAAGCGCUCCCUCGGGGGAUCUCUUCUAACUUGCAUGUUGUAGUUUACCACAUGUAACAUUUAUCUAUUUAAAACCUCAUCCAAUUUAGUAAUUUUCCUCCUCGUAGGGGCUCUAAAUUUGUGAUAUUAGAUUAAGCACCUAAUUUUAUCACUAAGUGUUGAUGUCUUGAUUUUUUUUUUUCCUUAUUUUGUAUAUUUAAAUUUUUCCCACCUUAAUGCUGGCUCUCUGCCUCUGGCUCACUUAAGGUCUGAACCAGCCCAUCCCACACAAACACACACACACACACACACACACACACACACACACACACACACACACACACACACACACACACACACACACACACACACACACACACACACACACACACACAGUUUGAAAAUUUGGUAUUGAAAGAUGGGAUAGUAUGAGCUUGACUCAAUCCUGUAAAAAUGCAAAUAAGCAACUACACACACAAUCUGACUGUGACAAAUCCAAAAGUGGGAUUUGUAACUCAUAUGAUUUAUUUACUGUGUUUGAAGUUAACUGUUGUACUGAAGGAACAUGCAAAGACAGAGAUACAGUUCAGUGAUGGUUGUUUUGUGUCUUCCAUAUACUGUGCUGAAUGCUAAUCUCAGUCAACUAAGCCAGCUUUCUUUAUUGUAUAAGUUGGUAGCGUUAUCGGCAGUACUCUUCAAAAUGAAUGUCUUGGUAAAUGACUUCACAUAAGUUGGUUGGUGGAUUUACCCUCUUAUAGCUCUGUCUUGUAACAUUUUUAGUUAGGAAAGCAGUCCUCAGUAGAGGUGUAAGUGUUGGUAGUGAAGGAAAACCUUUGCCUUGACAUUCAUGACUUGUGUUUCAGAGGCUUACAGGUAAAGUUGUCCAUAACAUGGUAUUGAAGGUCAAAGACCCAUAUAGUGAUGCCAAAUUUAUAAAAUUACAGUGAGUUGAGAACCCGUAAGUUUGAUGAUCAAUUUAUGUAUGAGGUGUUGUGAGUGUAUUAUUAUGUGAAUCUCCUUUCCUUUCACUAUUUUUUAUUGUAUGGCAACCCUCAGUAGGCCAUAUAUUUUGCUGCCCAGUCUUCUUCUGUCACCCGGUGUGGGAGGGUGAGCCUGCCCCCUUGUCCUCACCCUCCCUCAUCCCGGCCGCUUAUGGAAGCUGCCGGGGAGGUCCAAAAGUUCAAAUUACAGCACAAGAGUCUACCAGUGCUGCUAGGCAUGUAGGAUUAUAUGUGAAUCACCUUCAUGUAUCACCUGAACUCACUAUACAUGUUAAGAAUAAUUAAACUAUAAUUGUUUUGUUUUGCAGAAUCUUGUUAAGACAGUUAUACUGGAUAACACUUUGUCUUACCAGAUACAUAAUAAAUUGAUGACCUGAGUCACACUGAUAAUUGAUUCUUGCUGUAAAUAAAGAAGGUAUCACUGUUCAUUCUAUAUUUCAAUGAAAGCAGUUUAUGACAUAAACAGCAGUUGUCAUCAUGUAAUAUAUACUUGAAAUCUUUA